CGAUCGUUUUCCUUGUCAAUCCCUUCUAGUCAUUCUUUUCCCCGCAAUGCGUGUCGCACAGUCGUCUCUCCUUGGCGGUCUCGCCCUGACUCCGCUGGCUUUGGCAGUGCCAAUGCUCCAAUCCCGGGCUACCUCUGAUACGGCCGAAUGGACCGAACUUCAUAGAGCUGCGCAGCUGGCCUCUGCAGCUUACACGGGUUGUACUGGUAGUGCUUUCGAUGUGACCGUCACCAAGCAGAUCAACGACCUCGUCACCGACACCCAGGGCUUUAUCGGAUACUCCACCGAGAAGAAGCGGAUCACCGUAGCUAUGAGAGGCUCGACCACGAUGACCGAUAUCCAAAACGAUGUCGACACCACCCUCGUUGAGCCCACCCUGUCUGGCGUCAACUUCCCCUCCGGCGCCAAAAUGAUGCAUGGCAUCUACUCUCCUUGGUCGUCGGUGCACGACGACGUCAUCUCGGAGGUCAAAUCGCUGGUCGAGCAGUACCCCGACUACAGUCUUGAGUCCACCGGACACUCCCUUGGUGGCUCCCUCACUUAUAUCUCCUACAUCGCGCUGGCGCAGAACUUCCCAGGGAAGCAGCUUAUCAGCAACGCUCUGGCUGCCUUCCCCAUCGGUAACGAGGCAUUUGCCAACUUUGGUGCCUCCCAGAAUGGAACCUUGAACCGUGGUAACAAUGCGGAUGACGGAGUUCCGAACAUGUACAUCAUGUGGCCCUGGGACUUUGUCCACUACGGCACUGAAUACUACAGCUCCGGCACUCAGGCCACUACGGUCAAAUGCAGCGGUGAGCGCGACACCUCUUGCUCUGCAGGCAACGGCCAGCUCGGUGUCACCGCCGGACAUUUCUCUAACUUUGGUAUCGCCAUGGGCAUGGCUGGAUGCUCCUCUUCGCUGUUGUAA